AGGGAGCUGGGACGGGAGAGGCACGGGGAUGUUUCCCCCCGCCCCCCCCCCCGCGGGGCGGUGGAGUGGCACGGCCCGACCGAACCCGGAAGGGGAGCUGAUCACAGCCGCAUAUGAGCUUGGAGUCGCCCACCCUCCCGGCUACCCCCUGUUCACCCUGCUGGCCAAAGUGGCGACGGGGCUGCUGCCCGGCGGCUCCCCCGCCUCCAGAGUCAAUCUCCUCUGCGGCUUCUUGGGAGCAGCUGCCGCCUCUUUGCUUUUUUACACGGUUUUCAGGCUUUCUGGCUCAUAUGCUGGAGGAAUCCUUGCUGCGGGGGUGUUUUCAUUUUCUCGUCUAACAUGGCAGUGGUCCAUCACGGCGGAGGUUUUCAGCUUAAACAAUCUGUUUGUGGGGCUGCUGAUGGCUCUCACUGCUCAUUUUGAGGAGGCAUCCACUGCAAAAGAGAGAUCAAAGAUCUCUAAGCUUGGUGCCUUUUGCUGUGGGCUCAGUCUGUGCAAUCAGCACACCAUAGUGCUUUACAUCGCUUGCAUCGUGCCUUGGGUUCUCGCCCGGCUCUUCAGAAAGUCGGAAUUGUCCCCGGGCCAUUUGCUGAAGUUGGGUUUAUGCUUCUUGGCUGGUUUGCUGCCUUAUCUCUAUCUGCCGGCUUCGUCCUACCUCAAUCGAGCCCGUUGGACAUGGGGAGACCAGACGACUCUUCAAGGAUUUUUGACCCACUUUCUCAGGGAAGAAUAUGGGACAUUCAAUCUGGCCAAGUCCGAGACAGGAUCCGGUAUGAGAGAGAUGCUGCUUUUCCAGCUGGCACAGAUGAAGUCAGAGCUCUCCCUUCCCGUCCUUGCCCUGGCACUCGUGGCCUGUGUGAGCACAGCACUGCUGACAAGGCAGCAGAAAUCAUCUGUGAUCUGGCUCUUCACUGGAAUGCUCUGUGUUUAUUCCCUUUUCUUCGCUUGGAGAGCAAACUUGGACGUUACAAAGCCUCUGUUUCUAGGCGUGGUGGAGCGGUUCUGGCUGCAGAGCAGUGCUGUGGUGGCUGUGCUGGCAGGGCUGGGGUUGGCAAACCUCACCUCCCUCGGGAACUCGGUGCUGGAGGGCAGCCGGGUGCUGCCCUGGCUGGAGUGGCUCUCUGCCCUUGCUCUUGUUGCUUCUCAAGUUUGGACAAAUUACAGUGCUUGUGAUCAGAGCAACAACUACGUUGUUGACAAGUUUGCAAGGAAUCUGCUGUCCUCUAUGCCCGUGGGUGCAGUGAUCCUGCUGAGAGGAGACUUACCUGGGAACGCUCUUCGUUACCUUCACUACUGCGAAGGGAUGAGGCCAGAUGUCACCUUAGUGGACCAGGAGAUGAUGACUUAUGAAUGGUAUUUACCCAAGCUGGCAAAGCAUUUACCUGGCGUUUCUUUUCCUGGGGACCGGUGGAAUCCUGUGGAAGGAGUAUUACCCGACGGGACGCUCGCUUUUAAUCUCCAUCAUUUCCUCAAAGUAAAUAAACAUAAGGAGGUGUUUGUCUGCAUAGGUCUUCAUGAAGGAGACUCGACCUGGAGAAGGAGCCAUUCGCUCUGGCCGUGGGGGACGUGUGAGAAGUUGGUUCCUUCCAGUGUUGUGUUCGACCCAGGAGAGUGGAUUCGUCUCACCAGGGAUCUCUAUAACUGGACUGAAGACUAUGGCAGUUUCAGCCCCUCUUCCUGGGAAGCUGUUGCCAACGAGGAGAUGUGGCAAGCCAGGAUGAAAACAGCUUUCUUUAUAUUUGACCUUGCAGAGAGUGCCAGUGUGAGUGCAGAAAUGAAGUCACAACUUUACACAUUUGCAUACAACUCAUACAAAGAAAUUGUCAACUCUCAUCCCAAUCACCCGGUGAACUGGCACAAAAACUACGCCAUCGCCUGCGAGAGGAUGUUGCGUCUCCGUCGGGGGGACCUGGAUCCCGAAACGCUGCUCUCUGAAACUGUGAAACAUUUCCUGCUGUACACCCAGAAAGCAGAGGAUGAUCCCCAGCGCCAGGACAUCCUGCAGGCUGUGAAGCACCUGGAAAAGGAGCUGCAGGGGCUGAGGAAAAGGAAAGCAGACCUGAGGCGGGGAGCUGGGUAGCGCCCGGUCCUUCAGGCGCCUGCUGAAGUUUGAAGUCAAGGCUUGACAUCUGAGUUAGUCCUUGACAACGUGAGAAUGGUUUUUAAAAGGUGGCAGAACUGACAACAGAGAGGAAAUCAAGUGUGCAGGAACAUGCUGAUGUUUGGUCUUCGACUGCUGUUGCCAAAUGAACUUUAGGGGUUCAGGGAGGAAACUCGUCACUAAAUAAAAUACUGGGUUUUAAAAAGGAACAUUUUCUUCUAAAAGGAACAUGUGAUUCUAUUGUACUGUGAACAUAUUUUUUAAAAUGAGUGCAGCAUCCUUUAUAGAUGUAAAAAUGCAUUUUGCAUUUCAUUGUUUCCUCUGUUACUGAGCCAAGAGCUUUCCUACAGCCAUUUUUC